AUGGCUCCGCCAUCUUCAACCCCUUCGCCACAUCGAUUCCUUGUGAACAAACGACCUCAGAACCAUGCCACGCCAACUCCAUCGAAAUUAUCAAAGCAAGUGUUACAGGAUGCGGCUGAAUCUGGCACUUCGCGACCGACGUCCGGUCCAACACCCUCACAAUUUGCGAGAGUUCCGCGGUUCGCCAUGUCCACUGCAAGACGGGCUUCUUUUCCUCCACGUUCCCCAUCACCUGCAAAGCCUCAGUUCUCCACCUUAGGUACGAGUACCUCGAAAGAGAAUCUUCGCGACAAGGUCAAAGAACCUAUUUCCCUAUCAGACGAUGAAGAAAUGCUCGACAACGACAACCAUGAUCUCAAUUUCACACCUUUAACUCAGCCGAUAUCUCAAGAUUCGAUACCAGAACCUGAGAAAGGACCAUAUCUCGCAUCUCACCUACCGUCAUCACCGAAACGACGCAAGGUCGACAUUGGUGAUCCAUCAUCAACCCCAGGACGAUUCAUCUUGCCGCCUGUAGGCACGAGCCGAACGACGUUUACGCGGACAGAUGGAAAUACACCGAGCAGUAGUAGACCGGCAUUUCUGAUGGCAUCGAUUCCAGCACCAGAAACUAUUACGCCAUUGCCCGACGCCUUCUCUCCUCGAAGAAGAGGGCAAAAGUUCAUGCCUGGUGGUCUAGCAUCGGAGCUACAAUCAUGGAUUAUCGAAGCAGCACAGACUGCAACUCAAGGCAGACCUCAAAGUACCUCAUCAGUCGAUGACUCAGUGCACUUAAUCGACGUCAAUGAAGUUAGAGGAGAUGGACCGAUGUUUGCACAUGGUACAAAGCCUGGUAAGAUUGAUGCCAAGGUGUUAUUCAUCGAUGGUCAAGCGAGCCAGAAAGCAGCCAAGGUGAAGGCAGGGGACAGGGUGAGCAUCCGACUACCGACUUGGGAUGUUGAGGUGUCGGGUGAAGCAUGGACAGUAGGCGUUGACUGGAGAACCGUGAAGCCCUAA